AUGUCUUCCGCGGAAGGCAUUGAGAUGCAGCCGACCGGCAAGGACGCAACCAAGAUCAAUACGGCCGAGUCGAAGCAUGGAUCCGAUGUGAACAUGUACUUCGCCCUGUAUAACGGAGGCCCACAGACAUUCAUCUUCAGCUUCAUCAUUGUUUUCUUCGGCUCCAUUUCCCAAGCGGCCUCACUCGGUGAAAUGGCCUCUAUCCAGCCGGUUGCCGGGGCCCAAUACCACUGGACAUAUCAUCUGGCGCCGGCGAAAGUGAAGAGGUUUGCAGCUUGGAUCCAAGGAUGGUCAACGUGGUUUGGCUACGUCUCACUACUAGCCGGGAUUGCAAACGUCACUAUAAUACUGCUGGAAUCUAUGAUCGAACUCAAUCACGAGAACUACGUUCCCGGCGGCUGGCACACAUCAGUGCUCGUCAUUGCCAUGUGCGUCAUGCAGGGGCUGAUGAACACGUACUGCUUCAAGGUCAUCCCCUGGGUCGAGCUUGUCGCCGGCGUUCUCCAAGUCUGUCUCUUUGUUGUUUUUGUCGUUGUCUUGUCGGUCAUGGGAACCCGACAUGACAGCAGCUUUUUCCUCGAAACCAAUUUCGCGUCGGGUUGGACGGACAAUUACGUUGCAUGGAACCUGGGGAUGUUAACCUGCGUAUGGAGUUUCACUGGAUUUGACAGUGCAAUCCACAUGAGUGAGGAAACUCGCAAGGCUAAAUCAGCUGUUCCUCGCGCCAUGUUCUGGUCCAUUUUCAUGAACGGUUGCUUGGGCUUCAUCAUGGUCUGUGUCAUCUUGGUCUCCAUGGGUUCUAUGGAUGAUGCCCUCAACGCCUCCUCCCCUGUCCUUGCCAUUCUCCUGGCCAUCACUGGAUCAAAAGGUGCUACGACGGCAAUGAUAACAGGUCUUUUCGUCGUAUCUUUCAGCGUCAACCUCGCCAACAUUGCCUCGGUCUCUCGUCUUACAUGGGCUUGGUCAAGAGACGGCGGAAUGCCGGCAUACCUCGCGUAUGUCAACCCGAGGCACUGCGUCCCUAUUCGAGCCAUCAUUGUCACCGUUUUCAUUGUCUGCGCUCUAUGUCUCCUUAAUAUUGGCAGCUCAAGCUAUGUCGCAUUUGGAGCAAUCACCUCGUUGUCAUCCAUGGCUCUCUACAUUAGUUAUGCCAUCGCAAUCAGCAGCAUGCUCUACGCUCGCAUGUCUAACGCUGGAGGCGUGGAACUUGGAGAAUGGAAUCUUGGCCCAUUCGGUUUGUACAUCAAUGUUUUUGCAUUGAUUUAUACCCUCUGUGUGAUAGUGUUUCUGCCGUUCCCUUCAACCAUUCCGGUCACAGCUGAAAACAUGAACUACUGUGGUCCAGUCAUGGUAUUUGUGUUAGUUCUAGCAGUUACUCUUUGGUUUGUGCGCGGUAGGAAGGCGUGGAGUGGCCCCAACCUCACGAUUCUAGACUUAGUUAUAGGGAAUUCAUAG